UAUGAUGACCGAGACUCUAAAGCGAAUGAACUAGAACCUCCUAUUGAUUUUUGAAUCACAUCUAAAAGGCCUGCCUCCUUCACUGUACAAUCCUACCCCAAUAGCGAGUUACAUUCCAAUUUGUGUGUGAGUUUCCUGGGCACUUUUGUAGACCCACAAAAUGCACUGUUCCAGGGGAAGAGUCAAAUGCACAUGGUGCUUUACCAUUGCUCAUGUUUUUUGGAUAUUUGAAUAGAAAGUGUUAAGUUUUAGACAAUGAAAUAAAAAUGGCAUGUGUGUGCUGUUAAAGUUGGUGGUUAAUUAUUCGCACUUGAGUGUGCUCCGGUUAUGUUGACAUCUAAAGCUGCCUCUCUUCCCAGUUUCCUGUUUCCUGAGUGGGAUUUGGUUUCCGGUGUGGGCUGAUGAAAACUUUCCUGGGGUUGAGAAGCCUCCUUCUCCUUUUUUGUAUGAUAUGGAGUUGUGUUGGGGAUUGGUCAGCUGUGCAAGUAUACUGCGCCAACUUUUGGUUCUAUGCCAAGAUUAAACCCAUGAUAUUUCACAAUAUGUAUAUGAACCCCGAUAAAACAUUGUUGGGAGACGACUGCCUUGUAACUCACACUUGGGGACCCCACCACAAUAUUUACUAUGAAUUUUUCUACCAUCCUCAUGACUGUGGCAUCAUAACCAAAGAGGAAUGGCUUUUACUUAAAACCCGAGUAUCUUAUGGGUCCUCAACAGCCCCACAAACCAGAGGUCAUUAAGUUUCUAUUCGUGGUAUGUCUAGACUGAUUUCUCUGAUAGUCACAUUUGGGAUAGAGGAAAUUAAGGAAGGAGACGCUCAAUACUUUUUGUUGUUGAUGUUGAGCUGUAGGUGUGAACUCUAAUAUGUUCCUCUUGGAUAAAAACUCAGAGACAGAGCGUGUCAGGAAGUUGACAGGGUUGAGAGGAGAAAAGCAUUUUCCAUGCAUUACAAGUUUGUCAGGCAGCCUCCAGAAAUAGUGAUACAUUACAAUUCAUGAAGUUUAGCCAAGUGCAAUCAUAAGAAGGGAGUAACACUAGGCAAGCAUCAGAAGACUUUUCAGAGUAAGUGUUUAAUGCUUUACCUGCCUCGAGCCCCAAUCACCAGAGAUCUUGGUGUGCCUUAUCUGGCACACUGACAGAUCAAUGACGCAAAUCACUGCUAAAAACAUAAUUGGGAUAUUGACUUAAUUAAAAAUUUUAACAUCCAGUGAAACUAUACCAUAACAUUACUUAUUUUGUUUGCUAUUCCAAAUGAAAUGUGAAGAAAAGUAAUAGAACUUUGUCCAGUCUAGUUGAAUGUCAUAGAUUGGGUUCCACAGAAAGCAAAAUUUGGGAUGGGGCUUGGAGGAUAUUCAUUAAGAAGUGUAUAUUUUUAUGCGAG